AUGUCUCCUCCGGGGCUUGAUCAAGUUAUUGCUUGGCACAUAUGCACCUACACGGCGUUCUGCUUCGUGGUAGCCCGCACCUCGAUCCGGCUCCAGCGAGUCAAAAACCUCCGGGCCGACGAUGGGUUCAUCAUACUGGCGUUGCUGUGUCUGGUCGGGGACCUGGUGAUACAACACUACAUGUGGACGCAGGGGCUUGCGGACCCGGCCAACUCGACCUUUGAGAACUUUGUCAACAUCAUGAAGAUGAUCGUGCCCGGGUCGACGCUCUACAUCACCUCGCUGUGGGCCAUCAAGGCAGCGCUGGUGCUGCUGUACAAGCGCAUAGCCGGGCCGAGGUCGAGCAUGCAGAUAGUCUGCAAUGUGGCCCUUGGGGUGCUGGCGGCUACUUGGCUGCUCAUCUUUUUUCACAUCAUGUUUCAGUGCUGGCCGCAUGAUAGGAGAUGGUCGGAGGAUCCGAAUUAUCAAUGCGAUCCUCAUAACUCUGAGAUCAACUACUGGAUCACGGUGAUAAUAAAUAUCACCACCGAUGUAGCCAUCAUCAGUCUACCCAUAUCAAUCGUGGCCGGCCUUCAAAUGAAGUUGAGGAAAAAGAUUGGAGUUGGAGCUAUAUUCAUGUUGGGAAUUUUCGUGAUUAUUGGCAGUAUCAUCCGAGCCUACUUUUCCAAGAGAAACGAAACCAUGCUCACAUGUACCGUGUCAAUGAUUGAGACCAUGAUUGCCAUCACUGCCGCCUGCCUACCUCCGCUUCUCAGCAUCCUCUCCCAAAAGCUUAGCACAAAAAAGACCGGCUACAGCCCGGAACAACACCAGAGCCACGAGCUCUCGUCGCGCCUGACAACUCACACCCAGCGCUCGGCCUACUCUACCACGCGUAUCGAGGCCACCACGCCCAAGUUUCUUCAGCAGCAAAAGAACAACCACCUCAAGGGUGGCGACUCGGAGGACGAGCUGGUCGGAGGCGUCGGGGCCCCGCACACAAGCUGGCUGUCGACCAAGGCCGAGCUCGGUGGGAUACAUGUCACCAAGACGGUCGAGACUUGGCGGGAUGGUCCCUGAUGUAACACUCUGAUGUAUAAGUGUUGGUAAAUUAUAUAGCUAUUAUUAAAUAAUAUUUAAGUAAAGUGGAGUGCCAAAAGUAUAAUUAUAAAACGUGUUACGAAAAUAUUAAUAUAAUUAGGUAAUUAAUCCAUUGGUAAAACCUG